AUGCUUUUCUUACUGUGUUUAAUCACAUUAUCUUAUGCACUUGACAUUAAAGGAAAGGUUUCUAUGAUUGGUAAACCAAAACUAAUCACUGAUGAUUUUGUUGAUGUUUCUAUUGUUAUUUUGUCCUCUAAACAAAGAAUUGUUGUUCCACGAUAUAAAAAUGGGACAUUUAAUAUAAAGGGAUUAGAAGAUGGAAAAUAUCGAAUUUAUGUUGAAGGACCUCAAUUAUUAGAAAAUGGUGAAGCUGUCGAAAUUGUGAAUCAAACAAUUAUAUCAAGAAAAUAUGAUAAAUACCAUAACUCAUUAAAUCUUGUUGGUCAUCCAAUAGAUUUUACAGAAGUAAAAGAUUCAUUUGAUUAUUGGUCACUAAUUAAGAAUCCAAUGAUUAUUAUGGCUUUAGUUUCUUUAGGAUUAAUUGGAUUUUCAAAAUUAAGUAUGUCAGCAAUUGAUGAAGAAGAAAGUAGAAUGUUAAAACAUCCUGAUAUCAUUCUUCCAAAUGGUCAACGUGUAGAUCCAACAACACUUGUUCCAAAAUUUAUUAAAAGUUAA